AUGAAGAAAGAAAUUAGAUUUUUACUUUAUGCCAAUACCUUACUUUGGAUUUUCAUAUUAUACUACACAUUCGAUCUUCUGACAUUAACAAUAGACAACACAUUCGAAGAUGCAUUACUAGAUAUAGAUCUAAAUCCUACCAAGGAACAACUAGGCAACUCAGACAAACCACAAUUAAUACCAAAAAUAAUUCAUCAAACUUAUAAGACAAAUGAUAUCCCAAAGCAAUGGAUAGAAAGUCAAAAGAAAUGUAAAGAUUUACAUCCCGAUUAUAAAUAUAUGCUAUGGACAGAUGAAAUGUCUCAUGAAUUCAUUAGAGAAGAAUAUCCAUGGUUCCUAGAAACAUUCGAAAAUUAUAAAUACCCCAUCGAAAGAGCUGACGCAAUUAGAUAUUUCGUCCUAUCCCAUUACGGUGGUGUAUAUAUCGAUUUAGAUGAUGGUUGUGAAAGAAGAUUAGAUCCAUUAUUAAAAGUACCAGCAUUCUUAAGGAAAACUGCCCCCGUAGGGGUUUCUAAUGACGUUAUGGGAUCCGUUCCAAGACAUCCAUUUUUCUUAAAAUUGAUUAAAUCUUUGAAACAUUAUGAUAAAUCAUGGUUCGUUCCUUAUAUGUCCAUUAUGGGUUCCACGGGACCACUUUAUGUUAGUGUUAUUUGGAAACAAUAUAAAAGAUGGGGGGUCCCACAGAAUGGUGUUGUAAGAAUUUUACAACCAGCUGAUUAUAAGAUGCAUACUUAUUCAUUUUUUUCCAUUGCAAAAGGUUCAUCAUGGCAUAUGGAUGAUGCGAAAUUCAUGAAAUCAUUAGGGAAUCAUAUCUUAUCAUGUGUCGUUGUUGGGUUCGUUUUCGCAUUUUUUGUAUUAUAUUUGGAAUAUUGUAUUUAUUGUUGGCUCUGUUCUGUUUCAAGAUUUUCUGGGUUUUCAACUUUUGUAAAUCAAUUGAAUAAUUGGUUUAAAUGUUUGAAUGAAAGAUUGUUUACUAAUAAGGAUAAUACUAGUCUUUAUGGGAUGAGAAAUUAUGAUUUAAGAGAAUAUACGAAAAAGAAAAGGUUAAGAAAGGAUUCCAAUUUACCUCAUCAUGAUCUAAUGAUGCCAGAUUUAGAGAAAAAUCAAAGAGUGUCACUAAAGUCAUCAACAGGUGAUUUUAGUCGAUCAAGAUCGUAG